AUGGCGAACUCACGUCUCUACACACCAAAACCUAUCACGGAUAUCUUCACUGCAGACACCGAUAUCAACCGUCGCAACUGCCGCCGUACAGUACCUAUGAAAGUUCUCAUCCUCGGUCUGGGUAGAACCGGAACUGCAUCAAUGAGAGCAGCAAUGCGCGAAUUAGGCUACGUAGACACCUACCACAUGAUGUCAGCCAGUAUCGAGAAUCCUCCCGACUGUCUCCUCUGGCGCGAUGCCUUCGACGCCAAAUACCACAACGGCCCCGCCUUCACCCGCGCAGACUGGGAUCAGCUCCUCGGCCACUGCCAAGCUGUUUGCGAUUGGCCUGCCGUUGCUUUCGCGCCCGAACUCAUCGCCGCAUACCCAGAAGCUAAAAUCAUCCUCACAAACCGCGAUGUCGAUUCCUGGCACGCAUCUACCCUCAAGACUGUCAACUGGCGCGUCAAGGAUUGGGAGCUUGAGAAGUUGAAGGGCUGGAGUUGGGCCGCCAGCAUGUAUAAACCCAUGUUGCAGGAAUUCUUCGAUUGUUUCUUCAAAGGCGAUUUUGAGAACCAAGGGAAACAAAUCUAUACCGAACAUUAUGAGAAUGUCAGGAACAUUGUCAAGGCUAUGGGUCCAGCCGGCGAGGGAAGAUUAUUGGAAUACAAGAUCACGGAUGGAUGGGAAAAUUUGUGCGAGUUCUUGGGAGAGACAGUUCCUAAGGAUAGACCAUUCCCUAGGGUGAACGAUAACAAUGAUUUUAUUGAUCGUUCGAGGUGGAGAAACAGAUGUCAAUUGAUGAACGUCUUAUUCAGGUAUUUCUGUAUUGUGGUUGGUUGCGCUUUGGCAUAUGUUUGCUUGAUGCGGAUUUGGAACAUGUUGUAG